AUGGGCGUUUUGCUUGAAAAGUUCUCAUCUGAUCUUCAUAGUUAUGCUCGUCAUUCUUCUAUACCUAUAUCAAUAUACAAACAAGUGUCAUCAACUAACGGCGAUACUACUACACAACAAUUAAAUCCCUUUGCUUAUUAUACUGACUUUUGGCAACCAUUAUUUAUUGAUUUCCUUCUUGAUCUUGAUCAUUCUUCAUAUGAACAAGAUAAGCAAAAAUUUAUUGAUGAAUGUAAAUUAUGUUAUCGUUGCGAUGAAACUUAUUUGGCAGUUAUUGAGGAAUUUGAACGUACGUAUACUCCGAAAGAUGCCAUUCGUUGGUAUACAUGUAAUACAUUUAUUUUUCGUCUUUUGAAUCGAUCAUUAAGAUUACACGAUAUUCGGGGUAUUUUUAAAUUUCGUUUUUUUAUUGCUGAUUUAUAUGAACAGUUGAAACAAAUAUACUACGGUUAUUUCCGCAAUUAUACAUAUGUAGAAGAUAUGAAGAUGAAACGUUAUCGGGGACAAAGAAUGUCAAAAUUUGAACUUGACAAUAAUUUUACCUACGGUACUCUAGUAUCCAUCAAUAGUUUUCUUUCAACAAGUCGUGAUCGCGAUGUUGCCGUUAGAUUUGCUGGUAUAUCUGACAGACGGGCAGAGAUAGUAUCAGUUGUAUUUGAAUGUGAUAUUUUAAUUGAAAAACAAAAUUCCUUUGAAUGGAAACCAUUUGCUGAUCUAUUCGGUGAUCAAAGUCAAUUUAAAUCAGAAGAAGAAGAAUGUCUGUUUAUGGCUGGGGCAUUUUUUCGUAUUGGUAAAACUACAUACUGCGACACGGAUCAAUUCUACACUGUAAAAAUAACAUUAAUUGAUGAAGAUGACAGACAAAUUGAUAUCACUAAAGAUUACCAAACUCUGAAAACAACAACUUCAAUUGAAUCAAAAUUAAUCAAAAUUGGUAAUCUGUUAACUGCUGAUCAAGCUAAAUCUUAUUAUUGUUUAUUACAGGAUGAACUGGGUUCAUCACUCUCAAUACGGGCAGCAUGUCAUAUUGGUCUCGGUUGGACUGCUUAUAAAGAGAAAAAGUAUUCUGAGGCUGUUAUCGAACAAGAACAAGCAUUGUCAUUACUAUUAAAGGCACAAAACAAUGAUUUACUCAUACAAAGUUAUAAUUGUUUAGGUGCAAUUUAUACAGCUGAAAAAUCUUAUCCAAAAGCUUUAGAAUGUUAUCGAAAAGCAUAUAAUCUAGGUCAAACACCUUCGAUUGAUAAAUAUUCAAUGUAUAAUCAUUAUCAUAAUAUUUCUUCAAUUCAAAUUGCAUGCAUUUAUAAAAUUAUGGGUGAUAUUCAGUUAGCAUGGGAUAUGUAUGAAAAAUUAUUUGAUCACGAACUGAGAUAUUCAGAGGAAUUUGCUGGUCAUAUUUAUAUUUUCAUAGCUGAAGCUGGUAUUCACGAUUCAUCACUAUCCUUGAAACAACAAUAUUUACUGUGGUCAAAGUAG